CUCGAAAAUGCUUUCAAAUGAGGAUGGAUUAUUCCAGACGGACGCCUUUUCUCCAUCGGAUUACAUCCGGGACCGCCUGAAAGGGGUGAAAAUCGGUGAUGAGACACGAAAACUUCGACAUCUUCGUUCAGAAAUGGGCGCUCUGAACCAUGCUUCACAGGAGACACUGAAAAAUAACGUUUUUCGAAAUUAUCAGCAAUUUAUUGAUGCUUCGAAAGAGAUUUCUCAUUUGGAGCGAGAAAUCUACCAAUUAACACAUUCCCUAAUCGAGCAAAAACAAGUAAUCGAGAAUUUAAUAAUGAUGACUGGAGAUGAUAAAUCAUCAAUUCAUACAGUAUCAAGUCAUUCUACAACCACCUCGACCACUAAUCCAAUUCAAAUUUUAAUGCAGAAAAUGGAGGGAAUCGGCGGGAUUUUAAAUAAUAUGUCAACUUCGGAAAAAGUAAUUUUGUACGGGGAAAUGGAGCAAUUCGACGUGGAAACAAAGAAGCCAGUGCAGAAGUGUAUGCUGAUAUUAUUGUCUCAUCGAUUGAUUAUUGGAAAUAUUAAUGCUGCUGGAAAAUAUGUAAUGGAAUCAACCCUCUCACUAAACUCAGUUGCCCCAGUCAACGUUAAAGAUCGUGAAUCAGGCGCCGCCAACGCUGGAAAAGUGCUGAAACUCUUGAUAUUCCCCGAAUCCCGUUGUUAUUUGUGUGAGAGUGCAAGAAUUCGAACCCUUUGGUUUGACGAGUUGGAACAGGCGAAACGAGAGAUUCUACAUAAGGGAAGUCUCGUGAGACAGGCAACUAUUCGAGGAAAACGGCAAACUGUGAAAGAACGGAAGGCCGCUGCAUCGUCGGCUAUUGAGGAAAAACCAUCUUUUCUAGAGGAAGAGGAGGAUGUCGGGGAUGAAAAUGAAGAGAGAAACGACAAUGACAUUUCCUGGUUAUCCGAACUUCCGGCAGAACUGGACGAUUGCAUUGCUCAUCGAGACCUUGAUCAAGCUGUUGAGCUUAUUCACGAAUGGAAACAGUGCCCGACGAAAGAUGCUGUAAUUGAUAUUCAGUUGCAAAUGAGAGAGAAUACGAUUGUCCAACUGCUCAGCGACGAUGUAAGCCGGCCCGGCGCAGUACACGGAGGCCCGAGAGCCAUGAAAAAAGCCCGAACUCUUCUAACCCAAUUAGGCCGUGGAACCUACGCAACAGAUGUCUAUUUAAGACGGAGAAGUGCAAUGCAACGAAGUGCAAUGCGUGAUGUAACAGUAUCAGAAGAACCAAUAUCAUAUGUAAAGCAACUAUGUACAUUAUAUGGAAAUGCAGUAUCUGAUAUUGCAAAUGAAUUCCGAUCAAUGCCUCAAUACUAUUGUCAAGUACUUCAAUGGUGUUCUUAUGAAUUAAGUACUCUAUUGAAUUUGAUCAGAAGACAUGUUAUUGAAGUUGCACCUGCAAUUGCUGUAAUUGCAUAUACGUGGAAGAAUGUAAUGCAUACAAUGGAAGAUCUCACUGCAAUUGGUGUUCAUUUGAAUUUCGAAGUCAAUCGGCUUUUAAGUAUUCCCCUCGAGAAAUCUCUACAAGGAAACUUUGAAAAUAUCUGUGAUGCUGUGAAAAUGCGGAUUUCGGAGGAAAAAUGGAGGCCCUACGUGCUGGAAUCGGAAUCUGCACUGAAUCGACUCGUUGAGGAGCUUUCCGAUGUUGGGAUUAAUGUGGAAUGGGCGAUUUCUGCAAAUGAUGAAUCGAGAAGCUCGUUGAAUGUUUCGCAGAAUGUUGUGCAUUUUGCGAAAGUUGCACAUACUCUUUCGAAGGAUUUGGCGCCGCUUAGAUUAUCCCCAAUCCAAGUGUUGUGUGAAGUGUAUGCAGAUGAACUAUGGAAGAUGUAUCUACAACAUUUGGCUGAUAACAUCCGAGACGGCGCCGUUUUUGCGUAUUCCACUACUUUUAUUCUAACCAUGGUACUCCCAGUGUGCGAUAAAAUCCUAUACGGCGAGGAAGGCGAGCUCAUUCGCCUGAUUGAUCAAUUCCCCAGCCUGGCUCCGUACGCAGACCCAUCUGAUGAAGAGAAGAAGGAUGAUGAAGAAGUUGCUCAUGUUUGAUGUACUUUUUAAAAUUCGAAUUUUAAAAAAUAAUUGCACCCGCUUUCUGUGAUAUAGAUUCUAUUCUUGUCUGAAAAUUUUUUUCUCCAUUUUUUAUAUUUAUUUUUAAUUUCCCCGCUUCGCUUUUGUUCUAUUCUCCAAAAAACCGAAAACAUGAACAUUUUUGUUUGAAA